CAGACAGUUUCUUUUCUAUAUAAACCUCAGGCACCUCUGCACCUUGUGUUACUUCCUUUCUCUCCUUUGGUCGAAUGACUGGGGAUUGUGGGUAGGGAAGUGAUACUUAUCAGCUUUGCUGUGGUGCUCUUUGCCUCCUCCUGCUGGCCAGGAGUGAUAUUCCCAACAGUAAUUGAUGAUGAUCCGUGGACUCACUGUGUCAAGAAAGUAAUACAUUUAUCAGGUAAGCAUACAUUUUGUUUUUGGUGCAAAAUUAACCAUGACUGAUCUCCCCUUUUUCCCCUCGUUAGCCUAUUAACAUUAGGACUUAAACAUUUUGAGGGAACAGAGUUCAUAAAAACAAUGAUCAGCAAGUACCUUUUAACAACCAAAACAGCCCACCAGCUCACUGUGCGCAUCAAGAACCUCACUAUGAAGAAGACACCAGACAAUAUUAUUAAAUUCUACAAGAAGACUAAACUUAUUCCUAUGAUGGGUAAAUGUUGUGAAGAUGUCCAGGUGCAUGAUGUUAAACCUCCUAUAGAGAGAGAGAAGCACAGAAUGCCCUUCUGGCUUAAGGCCAGUUUGUCCAAUAUUGAAGCUGAAAUGGGGAAAAUAGAUGCACUAGUUCCUGACACCAGAGCUAGACCCAAGCACUAUCCUUUAAUCAUUCCUCCAACACUUGUGCUGAACUUGAAACCCCUACCCAAACGUUUCUACCUGAAAACCUUGCGCCAGAAGAGAUCUUCUAUCCUGAAGCCUCUACUUAUUCGGCCCAGCUCCUGUACAAACACUAGCAGCCUGGUUAAAACAGCUGUUAAACCCUCAGACCCUCAGCCAGUACCAGUCAGACUUUAUAAGCGUGUAUCUCCUAUUAUUCAUUCAGCAGUUCCAAUACAGGGCAUUAUGGGGGUUCAUUCUGUUAGCAUACCAGCUGGACGUAAACCUCAGGAACCAUAUGCUCCUUUCAUUUCUAAUGAGAGCUGUCAGCUAAUGUCUUUUCCACAACCUGUUCAUAUCACCCAAGCUCCUGUAUCCCAAGUUAAAACAAUGUUGCCUGCUUUGGUCCCACAGAAGAUUAAGAAGCCUCCAAUAUGUGGAGUGCCCAGAAAAAAAAAUGUUUUCAGAAACCCAGGGUUCAAGCCCACACACCCCAUGCAUACAGCACCUGUCCUUUUUACUGUGCCCAAUGGAAACGUAAAGCUAGUGAGUUUAGGCAGUACAUGUGGUAUGAUUCAACCUGUGAGCAAUGGAGGUGCAAUCCCAGUGACAACACUGCUGCUUAAUCCAACCACCUUCCCUUUAAACCAAACACUUCUCUCUCCCCCACUUAGCCAGACCGUGGUCUCUGCUCCACUUCCCAUUCCAAAAGAGCAGUUGGUUAUACAAGACCAAUCUAAUUUUGCACCUGAGGUUAGUUUGGAAUCUGUAGCAGCAAAUGAAGAGGUGAGAACUAACUUAAAUGAAGAGUCUGGAGCAUUAGAUGAUAACACACAUAUUACCAUUACCAUUGAAGUUGAGGAAAAAAGUCAGGUUUCUGCUGGAGAGGACGAUGGCCAGGAAGGACAGGAUGGAAAUACUGUGGAAGAAAAUGGGGGCCUAAUAAAGGAUGGAGAAAAUAUACAAGACAAGGAGAGGCAAACUUGGCAUGUGCUAGAGGGGUGCUGUUUUACAUCAGAAGAUGAGAAGGAAAUAGUUGAAGGAGGUGUAGAGAUAAGCCCGUUAAAAGACUUUAAUUGUCCACUUUAUCAAAGCGAAUUUCCAUUGUCUCCGCUGGAUAAAAAAACUGAGAGAGAGUUGGAAUUUGACCUAAGCUCUUCACAAUCAGAACAACUAAAGAUGAAAGGAGAGAAUGUAAAUCAAGAGAUGGGUGAAGCUGCUAUAUUCCAGAACCAACCAUUUAGUGAAGAGUAUUCUGGAUCUGAAGAACCAGUAGAUAUGGAAGAACCACAAAGUGAUUCAAAGUGCAAUCAAAAUUCAGCUGAAGAAGAACAUACCGAGACCACCAGUACACAGGACCAAAAUGCUACAGAGCUAGGGGAAUCCCCUAAAAACACCACCUCUUCUACAGAUGGAGAUGUGGACAUGUGCAGUCCAGUGGAGACACCUCAUGACUCCUCUAGCCCUGUUGGCCAUCAGGACAGUGGCAAUGAUAAGAAUGGCCAAGAUGAAGAAGAGGAGGAGGACUUUGAUGACCUGACACAAGAUGAUGAAGAAGAGGAAAUGUCUUCAGCUUCUGAAGAGUCCGUGUUGUCUGUGCCAGAGCUCCAGGAGACCAUGGAGAAGCUGACGUGGCUGGCAUCAGAGAGGCGCCUAAGCCAGGAGGCAGACUCUGAGGAAAACUCUGAGCCAGAGGAGGAGGAAGAGGAGGAGGAGGGAGAAGGUGUUGGGAGCUCAUCGCAGAAAGAGGAGGAAAUGACAGAUGAAGUGACUGAGGGGAGUACGGCACAACAGCCCUGCCAUCUCCACAUCCCCUCCCCAGCUCCUGUUAAAGCCACUACAACUACAACAGGACUCCGGCGAAGAGGAGGUAGUAAGGUUCAGAGUUCUCAUAGGGUGCGUAGCAGGAGGGGACGUGCACGUGCCAGCAAAGAUUCAUCCAAACUGCUUUUGCUUUAUGAUGAGAACAUCUUGCUGAAAGAUCCUCAGCGAGAGCAAAAGGAUAUGGCAUUUGCACAGGCAUACCUUAACAGGGUACGUGAGGCCCUCAGCUCUGUACAAGGUAAAUAUGAGGAUUUUCUGCAGCUGAUUUAUCAGUUUGAGUUAUGCAGACAGCAACGCACUGCAGUAGAUCUCUAUAAGAGCAUACGAGAGCUCCUCCAGGAUUGGCCACAGCUUCUCAAAGACUUUGCUGCCUUCCUGCUUCCUGAGGAAGCCCUGGAGUGUGGACUGUUUGAGGAGCAGCAAGCCUUUGAUAAGAGCCGUAAGUUCCUACGUCAGCUUGAGAUCAGCUUCCUGGAGAAUCCAUCUCAUUACCAGAAAAUUAUCAAGCUGCUACAGAACUGUGCUGAGUGCCCUGAGCAAGAGAUCAGCAAGUUGAAGGCUCAAAUGUGGCAGCUACUGAAGGGACACAAUCAUCUACAGGAUGAGUUUUCACUCUUCUUUGACCAGCUAAGACCUCCAGCCAGUCGCUUGGGAGACUUUGAAGUCAUGAACUGGACAGAGGAAAAAGUAUACAAGUUUGAUGGAUUUGAAGAGAUAACGUUGCCAGAUGUGGAAGAGGAAGAAGAGCAGACCAAGAUGCAACCUCCUCAAAGAAGCAAGCGGAGAAAGGAGGUUCCCCAGGAAUCUGACUGUGUUGAUGGAGGGAAGUAUUGCCCUUGCUCUUGUCAUGAAGGUGGUGGAGAGCAUCGAUUGAAGAGGUGCAAAAGGAGAAUGUGCAACCACUGCAGUAGUAAGACAUGUGAAAGCCGUUCUCAUAAGAGCAGAGACACAGUGGAGGGGUCUGUAUCUCAGAGUGCUUUACGCCAAGGAUCUGUCUCAAAAGAUACCGGUCUUUGUGAAGGAAGAAUACCCCUCAACAAAAGCACAGGCUCUGAUGAGAGAUUGUCUGCUGGGGCUCAAGCACUAAUGGGGAAUAGGCCAACUUCCAUUCAAGAUAGUAAUGUGUCUACACAGAGGUCUGGCAGUGCAGUGAAUCCUCGAGGUGUUGCUUUUCCUGAAAACAGUGAUAAUAAGCUACACCCACAUAGUAAAGAUUCUCCCAAUCCUGCACCCCGGAGUGGACGGAGGUUGCUGACUUUUAAAGGUUCUAAUCCUCCUCUGGAAAAUCUUCAUAUUGUAAUUGAGAAUCCAGAUGGCACUUCCUCUUGCCAACCUAGCACCCACAAACCUGCUUAUGAAGAGGACUUUGCAAACCAAACUCCAUGUGUUUCCAGCAGCAGCACAUCAAAAUCUAUAAACUGUACAGCUAGUCCAACCAACCUGGAUCAGAGCCACAGCAGCCAACAAAUCCUGUCUAACACUUUAACAGACAGAUAUAGUGACAGAGAGGAACAGAUGCUGACAGUGUGUGCCAAAAAUAUUACAGUCAGCUCUAGUGGCGAAAAAGUUAUCCUAUGGACCAGGGAAGCUGAUAGAGUUAUCCUCACUAUGUGUCAGGAACAAGGAGCUCUAGAGGAAACCUUCACAGCUAUAUCUGAACGGCUUGGAAAUAAGAGUCCAGAAGAGGUUUCCCAGCGGUUCCGGGAGCUUGUAAGACUAUUCCAGACAUCAUGUGAAACCAGCUCUGAUGAAGAUGAUGAAGCUGGAAGUACUACAGAACAGCUAUCGGACCAGGAAGCUCCUCUGUCGGAUGAUGAAACAUAGUCUUUGAGUGGGGAUGUGUGGACAUGAACAUUUAUUAUUACCCUUGACUUGUAAAUAUCUUUGUGGUAGAUAAAAAAAGAUUGUACAUAAAUGUCUAAAAGAAAGGGCACUCCUAUUUUGGUUUAA